CCGCCCCACGCGCUUCCUGCCGUGCCGCAGCCGCGGUGCAUUGUGGGCCGCCCCACGCGCGUUCCGCCGUGCCGCAGCCGCGGUGCAUUGUGGGUCGGUGAGAUGGCGGCGCUCAGCGUGGGCCGGGCGGCCGCCGGGCGUCUCCUGCGUGCCCAGAGCCUCGGUGUGUGGAGGAGCCUGCAUGCCUCUGCUGCCCUCCAGCAGAUCCCACGGGCCAAGUCAGAAAAUGCGAAGUCUGAGGGCAUGUUCCAGGUCACCAUGCUGCCUGGAGAUGGGGUGGGCCCGGAGCUCAUGCAUGCCGUCAAGGAGGUGUUCAAGGCUGCCAGCGUGCCUGUGGUCUUCGAUGAGCAUCACCUGAGCGAGGUGCAGAACAUGGCGUCAGAAGAAAAACUGGACCAGGUGGUUGACUCUAUGAAGGAAAGUAAAGUUGCCCUGAUAGGCAAGAUCCACACCCCCAUGGAGUACAAGGGAGAGCUGGCUUCUUACGAUAUGAGGCUCAGGCGCAAGUUGGACUUGUUUGCAAAUGUUGUGCAUGUGAAGAGCUUACCAGGCUAUAAAACACGCCACAACAACUUGGACCUCGUGAUCAUUCGUGAGCAGACGGAGGGGGAGUACAGCUCCCUGGAACAUGAGAGCGCAAAGGGAGUCAUCGAAUGCCUGAAGAUCAUCACCCGGGCCAAGUCGCAGCGCAUUGCCAAGUUUGCCUUUGACUAUGCCACCAAAAAAGGGCGCUCUAAGGUCACAGCUGUGCACAAGGCCAACAUUAUGAAACUGGGCGAUGGGCUCUUCCUGCAGUGCUGUGAAGAAGUGGCAGAACUGUACCCCAAGAUCAAAUUUGACACCAUGAUCAUUGACAACUGCUGCAUGCAGCUGGUGCAGAACCCCUACCAGUUCGAUGUCCUUGUGAUGCCGAACCUCUAUGGAAACAUCAUUGAUAACCUGGCAGCUGGCUUGGUGGGCGGCGCUGGCGUGGUUCCUGGGGAGAGUUACAGCGCCGAGUACGCAGUGUUCGAGAUGGGCGCCCGCCACCCCUUCGCGCAGGCUGUGGGCAGGAACAUUGCCAAUCCCACUGCCAUGCUGCUCUCGGCCGCCAACAUGCUGCGGCAUCUCAACUUGGAAUUUCACUCCAACUUGAUCUCGGAUGCGGUGAAGAAGGUGAUCAAAGUCGGAAAAGUUCGGACACGGGACUUGGGCGGUUACUCCACCACUUCUGACUUCGUGAAGUCUGUGAUUGACAACCUGCACCCCCACUAUGGUGCCUAGGAGCCCCGCUCGCCCCGCGCAGUCGGGGACCUCACUGCGCCCUGCAGCAGCUUCCCGUAGCUUACAGCCCAGCGCCACGUCCCUCCCCCUCCUGCCUGGUGCAGCCUGCCCCGGGGGGGGGGCCCUGGUGCCCCAGGGGAGGAGGAGGAGGGCAGUUCUCCCUCCCACCCAGCCCAGAGCCCAGUAACCAGCCCCAGUCGGGCUUGCCAGGCGCCUCCGCUGUGCCUCCCUGCGAGGAGGGCAGCUGGGGUGACUUGGGAGGGGUGAAUGGGCAGCGCCCCGAGCUCAGUGUAGUGCCCAGGGACUGUAGGAGCCUUCUACCCACAGCGGCAUUAGCAAUAAAUGGGACCACAGGGCUGCAGUCGGCACAAGCGCAUGUGUAGGGUGAGGUGGCUACAAGGCUUUGUCACCUCCCACUCACUGGGACCCGGUGUGCAGUUUGGGGCGCUGUUGUCGCCCCCUUCAUGGGUUUGUGGCUGGUUUCUGAGGGCCGGGGAGUGCAGGGCUGAGCCGAGCUGCAGCUGGGUGUUGGAGCGGCCUGGUGAGCCGCGCAGGGCGUUGUCUGCAGCAAACACUUGCCCUGCCAGGCAAGCCGUGGGGCUGGGGACCAGCGGUGCUGUGGGGCAGACCACGGGGGCUCUGUCCUGGCAGGCGUGUGCGUGAGAGAGCGACUGGGACAUGUAUUUAGUGCUGCGCUGUGUAUCUGUCUUUGCAAUAAAAGGGUCCAAUGCUUCACCCCUGCCCACACAGGUGCUGUUCCCCACCUGGCCCUGCACGACUCAGCGUUGGCUCAAGGUCUCGGGGGCACCUGGGGGUGCCAGGGCCAGAAGCUGGGCUGGCAGAGUAUAGGGCUGUGCCUGUGGUGGGGGGAGCAGGGCUCAGCACCGGUCCUGCACCACCAGUGCUGGCCCCUUGCCAUCCCCUCCAGCCUGCUGCGGGGGGGUGAGCCCAGGAAGCGGCUCUCCCUGGUGGGGGGAGCUGCCAGGAAAGCCUGCUGCUGCAAUUCCUGCCUCCCCCACCACCCCUCAAAACCUGCCUCGAAGCAGGUGCUGGCAGAGGGGCUGGUGCCCACUGCCAGCGCCCCCCAUCUCCUGGGUCACUCCCGUGGGGCCAAGGGAGUCGGGAGCCAGUGCUGGGACCGGAGACAAGGCCCACUGCAGUGCUGCCACGGGGCAGUGUGCCUUCAGCCCCGCUCCCAGCUCCAGAAGGGACACUUCUGGAGCUGCCAACAGCCUCGGGGAGCCUGGUCCGCAGCGCACAGCAGCCAGCUCCCCAGUGCGCUGUGGGGGCCCCCCUCCCUCCUCACUAACGCUCCCCUCUCCUUGCAGGUGCGCACGGCGGACAUGGGGGGCUACGCUACGUCCAUGGAUUUCACCCAAGCCGUGAUAGCUGCCCUGGAUGUCUAGGGCCCCUCGCCUCGUCCUCCCUGUUCCCGCCGUGCCCACCUGGUAAUUUAUUGCUUCCCUCUAAUAAAAGUAGCCUCUGCA